CCGCUCCCCUCUGCCCGAGUGAUGCGGGGUCACGAGAACGGGGGAAACACCAUCCAAGGAGAAAACACACACAUGCACUCACGCAUCCACACAACACACACACUGAGCUCAUCGCUCGCUCCUGAAUGGUGGGAGAAGAAGAGCUUGUGCAUAAAGUACAGUUGGAUAUCAACUUUUGCUAAAACUCAAGUGUUUAAAUGGCUUGAAUGGAGCAGAGAUGGAGCCACACUUCUCCUCUUCUGAGUGCUGAAGAUACAACCAGGAAAAGGUUAUUUUUCUCCAAAUGAUCUCUGAAGGUUUAACAUGGGAUGAGCCUGCCAUCAGUACAGUAAGCUGCAUCCUGGUGCAUCCUGACUGAGACCCCGGACCAGCCCCCAAACCCUGGAGGGGUAGGGGUGACUCGCAGGAGAAAAAUGCGAUGCACCACCCUCACCACCUUGCUGACGGGGGUCAUGCUGUACCUGGGCAUGGGAGCGCUCGUUUUUGUCACCCUGGAGAAGCCAAAGGAGAGCAAGGCACAUGUGAAUCUGCUCAAGGCCAAGCAGGACUUCCUCAGUAACAACUCCUGCGUCACUGAGGUUAAUUUCCAAGAGCUUGUGAAGGAACUGGUGUCUGCUGUCGAGGCAGGCCUGGACAUAAGCAGCCUAUCUGUCAACCUGACCAGCCGCUGGGACAUGGGCUCCGCUUUCUUCUUCUGUGGUACCAUCAUCACCACCAUAGGCUUUGGGAAUCUGUCCCCUCGGACGUGGCUUGGACAGCUGUUCUGUGUGUGUUACGCCCUGGUCGGUAUCCCCAUGUUUGGCAUCCUGCUUGCUGGAGUGGGUGAUCACAUGGGCACCGUGCUGCGGAGAGCUGUGGCCAAGAUUGAGAAGCUGUUUUUGAAACGUGAAAUCAGGCCCACAACAGUGCGCGUGAUGUCAGCAGUUCUCUCCAUCCUUAUUGGCUGCUUGAUUUUCCUCGCUGUCCCGACGGUCGUGUUUCAGAAAGUGGAGAGGUGGUCGUUUCUGGAGUCGCUGUAUUUCGUGGUCAUCACUCUUACCACUGUUGGAUUUGGAGACUUCGUACCAGGUGGAGGUUAUGAAGGCGGGACGAUCUUCAAGCCUCUUGUGUUGUUGUGGAUAGUGUUUGGCCUGGCCUACUUUGCCUCCAUCCUCACCAUGAUAGGCAACUGGCUGAGGGUUCUGUCCAAGAAGACUCGUGCUGAGGUGAGAGAUUUUAAGAUGGAGGAGUUAAGGGCCCACGCCACGGACUGGACCCAGAACAUGGACUUCCGCAUCCCAAACCCUCUGGAAUUCAACGACCCUUUCCUUCUUCAACGCCGGCGUUGGAAACGCAGUGAGCGACGCCGCAUCCGCCGGGGAGCCCACGUCACCUUGGGACACUGGGCUCGAGGCGGCUCUGAGAACGGACACUUGCCGAACCGCUGGGCCGGCCUCUCCAGCUCCAUGUGCCAGCUGGAAGGUCAGUCCUCUCUAGAGAGGACUGGGGUGGCCAAGCCUCGGCCACGGGGCCGCGUGGCUGGAGAGCCAGCAGUCCCAAAAGCAGCUCUGGGGAGCAGACUAGAUGCUGCUGUUGGUGUUCAGGGACAAGGAAGGCCCUUUCACCAGGUUCUGGCCCGCUCGUUCUCCCUCCCUGUGGCCCGAUCCACCUCAGAGCUGGACUCCACAGGUACAGCCAUGCAGGAGGGCUCCCUCUAUGAGUCUGUGUACGACUCCCAGUCAGAUGGCUCAUCGGUGUCUUUGACAUUCUCAGUACUCCACAGUUUCCUAGGCUCUCAUCCCUUCAGGGACAUGGAGGAAGGGGACUUGAGGGGCUUACAAAUAGCCACAGAACUUGAGAAAGACCAAAGCACUUCACAGAAAUCUGAAUCUGAACUUAACAGUGCCUGCAGUCAAACCCCACCUCAAAGUUUUCCCUCUUGCUCCCCUCCUCCCAUACCUGAACUGCCCCCUCCAUCCCCUCAAGGCACUGCUGCCUCCUCAUCAGACUGCCAGCUGCUGAAUUUCUUUGGAGAGAACUUGGCCUACAUUGACGAGUCUUCAGACACGCUCAGCGACCUCACUGAGCCCACAGAAAGCAAGGAGAAAAGGAGACAUCCACGCAAGCCCAAGCGGAAGAGCAUGAAGAAACGACCAACACACAGGUGGAGCCCCCUGCAGGUGAGAAGGCCCAGCAUGCAGCCACCAUCUAAUCCCCCAACACCUCCUCCAGAAUGCUCUCCUUCAGACAUUUCUCUAGCAGAGACCCAGACAGAUUCAGCUCCUGGCCUUUGAUGGCCCCCCAUAAAUACAGCAUACUGGCAAAGUUUGUGUGACAAACCUCGACGCCUUGCCACGCUGCAUCUUGAAUCAUGAAUUUCUUGGAGGUCAUCAAUGAAGUCAACUCCCAAACUUCAACUUCUUUAUACUUUUGCCAAACAGCAUCUGGACUGACUCUUCUGUUCCCUACUAGCGCUGAUAGUUUAAGGGUUGAUUCAUGUUUACAUCUUAUGCCGACUGUCAUAUUAAUCCUUCGUUAAAAAUAGACUCCAUGUUACCAAGGUUCCUAUCUCAUUAGUUACAUUUUUUCCUUUUAACAUCACACAUUAUCUGAUACAGUGAUUCUGAAGUUUCAACUCUGUUAACACUAAGAUUUCCAAGAACCGGCUUUCUCAAAAGAACUGUUUCUAAAAACAUGCUGAAACAGUGAUACAGUACUACUUGUACUUUUCCAGUUUGUUAAGUUUUUCUUAUCAUAUUCUUAUCCAUGUCCACUGCAUGUUUGGACUAAAGCUAAGACUUCAUUUUGUAUUCACUCUGAUGUUGGACUUUCCAAGAUGGUUGGAAAAUACACAAGGAGAUUCCCUGAAGUCUAAAUCCAACACAAAAGUGAAAACUCAAUAUGGCUGCCUCCUGUUUAAAUAAUACAUACAUAUAAAUGGUUUAUUUGCAUCUUUUUGGACAGUUUAUUUCUCAUGCAAUCUUUAACACACAGCUAUAAAUAUUGGUAUAACCUGUGGUUAGUGAACAUGUUUCUUUGGUGCUUGAAUAAACAGAAGAGUCUUAGCGCA